AUGCAAGCGACAGGUAUAAAGAGGGCCAGGUCGCCAGACGAUGAUGAGACAUGCUGCGGCGGUGCACGCAGCGCUAAGAGCGGUAGACGUCCUGGCAGCUCAGGCGGCGGCAAGGGUGGUGGUAGGGGUGGUAGGGGUGGUAGGGGUGGUAGGGGUUUUGGUCAAGGUGGUGAUCGUGGCAAGGGUGGUAAGCAUGGCAGCGGUUCAGGCGAUGGCACCAGUGGUGGCCCCCGUGGUCCCCCUGGGCCCCGUGGUAAUCCUCCCGGUGGUCCCCCUGCUGGUCCCCCUGCUGGUCCCCCUGCUGGCCCCCCCGGUCCCCGUGGUGGCCCGGUCAGUACAACGGGUGGCGGCGGCGGCGGUGGCCCCAGUAAUGCACCAGGCGGCCCCGGGGGUGUGCCGGGACCUGGUGGUUUUCCCCUAGGACCCGGUGGUUUUCCCUCGGGGCUGAGUGCUUUUAACCCUGGAUCCGGUGGUGUUGCCCCCGGAUCCAGUGGUGUUGCCUCUGGAUCUGGUGAUGUUGAUCCGUAUCCUAAACCAGGUGAGGAGGAGGAAGCACAAAAAGAUGGUGGGAAGAAUGCAGAAGAAGGUGACAAGAUGGAUGUUGAAGCAGGUGAAGGGAUGGAUAACGAAGCAGAUGACAAUGUGGAUGUUGAAGUCCCUGGCAAUGCCAAUGACACUUCUAUCCCCGGGCCUUCGUAUGGUCGCCAAAGGGUUUGGAACAAAUACGGGGCAGACAAGGUCAAGAAAUGGAACCGCGACAAGAUCAUCCUAUACCUCCCGAAUCUUCCCAAAACUUUCGACAGCCAGUGGGAUCAGAACCCGAAUUUCACCGGGCCGUUGUUCCAGGCACUCCGGGACGCACUCGAGGGGCCGGAUGCUGUGAUGAAUUUGACGGAACUGGGUGCUCGUCAAGAUUGCAAACGGGUCCUGGGUAACGAGGAUGCUGGGCGAUUAUUCACAGCUCUUAAUGCCACCCAUCAAACUUUGCUAUCCAAAGAACAAGCCUUGUGGCAGGCGUUUCAAGGGCUUGUUCCAGACAUGGACAAGUCCGGGUGGGUGUGGGAGCUCUUGCGCGACGCCAGUAGAAGGUGGUUGGAUGUGCGUUUCAGGAACUUAAGGGCUAAUGCCCGACGUUGGAACGAUGGAACCCCGCGAGCCGCCCGUGACCUCCCAAGGCAGCCAUCCCAAACGGCUGCUCGUGCCGACAUGAUCAACUUCAUGGUCCACGGAGGCGACUUGAGAAUGGACGCCUUGAUGUGCCAAUUGACGUUUGGCCCCGCGAGGUACCGAGAUCCGGCUUACGAGAAAUACAUGGAAGAUAUGUUUGAAUAUUACUACGGCAUGAGCUCAAAGGUUGGGGUCUGGUUGUUUAUCUCUCUACACGUGAGGCCAUGUUAUCGAAACGCGGCGUAA